ACGUAUAGGUUGCGGAACGCAACAGGCUCCGAUCCCUAUUUCUCUCGUGUUACUUAACACGGAGUACUACGUACGUACGCAACAACUUGAUUAAUUUGCGUCUAGCCGUAUCGCAAGAUCUCAGCGACCCUUUUCGAUGACGAAGAUUUUCAGGUGCAGCUACUAUCGGUCGAAGCAACCCGAGGAGGUCGAAGAAUCGGCGGCGGGGGAGUACGAGUACGUGGAUCUCGAGGACGGCCAAGGCAAGCGUGGAGGCCGCGGCGAGAAGCCGGAAUCCGGCGGCGGCGUGGACUCUGAUGGGCCGCUCACGAUCGACGUCGUUGGCACCAUUCUCAUCGGCAUCUCGUGCAUAAUGGUAGGCUGCUUCUUCCUGGGUGGCUCCUACCUCCAGGCCGGCGGCCUGGCGGGGCAAGACGUCGCCCUCCUGGUCAUCACCGGCGCCUUGCUGCUCGCUGUCGGGGCCGCCGCUUUGGCCGGUCUGGCCUUGCGAGGCUACACUGUCUCCUCGUGGUUUAGGGUUUCUAAUUGAGGUGUAUUUUCAUCCAUCCUUUGCUUACUUUAUUGUCCCCAUUAGUUGGAUCCAGUGUGAAUUGAUCUGUUAUUAUCA